AAUUGGCCAACCUGGCAACGGUGUUUAAGGGCAUCCGUGUUGCCUUUUCGGUGGAAUUGCGGGUUAUGUGAUUUGUGUGUGAAUUUCUCUUCGCUUUGCAAUUGCUUUAAAUUCAAAAAGUCCAAGAAUGUUAGCCCAUGCUGCAAGAUAUAGCUGUCGUGCCGCUUUGCCGCGCAGAAAUCUAAUCAGUUUUUCACGUAAUAUUGUGCCAUAUAGUGUAUCCUCUAAUUUGUUAGCAAAAGUGCAGAUUAAUACUGCUGCAUCUGCACAUUCUGAUCACAAUCAUUCUAAAAUUUGGACUGCAGAAAGAUUCCUUUCUGCUGGAUUAGUUGGUCUUCUUCCUUUGUCGUUAGCAUAUCCUGCCCCUGCUCUUGAUUAUGCUCUCGCUGUAGCCUUGACUGCUCAUGUUCAUUGCAAGCAGACACAGAUUAUUAAAAGUAGCAGUUGUACAGAUUCUGCUGAUGCUCAAAAUGGAAAUCAUGAUAAAGAAAAAUGGAUUGAAGAACAUUAA